CUUUCCACAUCUGUCUAUCUUUAUUCUACCCUCCCUCUUCAUAUACAGCUGUCUUCAGUUCACCCUUUCUCUCUCUAGUCUAUCAUUACUUUCCCCCCUCUCUUCAUCACUUUAUCUUUAUCCCACCCCCACUUUACAUCUAGUUUCACUCUACCCGCUUCUCUUUACAUCUAUCGCUCUUUACUUUAACCCCCUCUCUCUCUACAUAUGCUUCUUUACUUCACUCCUCCUCCCUGUUUACAUUUCUCUCUCUCUUUCCCACUUCCACUCACACUCUUCAGCUUCACUUGCACUCCAAGCAAAAAUGGUGGACCCUUAGCGUCAGCACAGACGGAGACACUGACAGAGGGAGACGAAAAAUAGCAUAAAGGUGAAGAAAUCGAGGAUAUGUAAGAGACAAUAAUGAACCAGCAGGAAGAACUUGAUAAGCUGAACAUUCCUAAUCUAUCGGAUAUUCCAGAGACUGGGUCGAAACCCCGAAACCAACCGAAAAGAAAAGACCUACUGUUUGACGGGGCUAAGAAGAAUGGGAAGUAAAGAGUUACCGGACAAGAGUGCUUUGUAUAAUAAUAAUAAUAACAAGAAGAAGAAGAGUUAUAAUGGUGAUGAAAUAGUAGUAGACCUACUUCUCUACGACUGGUGUUGGUAUUGUUCUUGCUUCCGCCGCCGCCAAACCAUUUCCACAGCAAGACGAAGUAGAUAGUAUCUAAUUCUUAUUAUUAUUGUUAUUAUUUUAAGAAAGGGACCAGAUUUGUGUUGGCCUUUCACUUUUGGUGAUCCGUUUUCCUUCUUUCUUUCAUUCUCUUUUCUUUCCUCUACAAACGGUCAUUCAAUCUUUGUGUGUGUGUGUGUGAAUGAAUUAGAAAGAAAAGAGAAAGUGUGAAUGGGAGAAUAAUUGUAUAUUUUGGUAAAUAUAUUAUUGUCUAGAUAUGUGAUUAAUUGGAACCUUGUUCUAGUAGUAUGUGAGUGUUUGUGUGUAUAUAUUUAUAUGCAUACAUAUAUGUAAAUUGUAUGUGUAGUUAUUUAGAACGUUGAUAUAUUAAUAGGGUUUGUGAGUUUUAUCUAGAUAUUUAAAAAAAACGCCAAGGCGUUAAUAGUGUUUGUGUGGAUAUAUAUAUAUAUAUAUUAUAUAGACUGUUCCGUUAACAUCUACAUCAACAUAAUUGUUUUCCUUGGUGUGUGAACGUGUAUUAUUAUAAUAUAUAUAUAUAUAUAUAUAUAUAUAUAUAUAUAUAAAUGUUUUAUUGUUGAAAGCGGAACAGUCAAUAAUAAAUAUUACCAUAAACAAACAAUAAAAUAGAUGUGAAAGAAAGAAAGUAGAAAGCAAAAGAAAGGAGGAAAAACAAAGAAAUAAUAAUAAUUUAAGAAUCAAACCUUCCGAAAAAAAAAAAAAAAAAGAAAAUAAAGCACUAAGAAAUAAAAAAAAAUACAGGGAAGGAAAUAAUAAUAAAAGUAAAAGAAAGUCGAGCGAAUUCCGGGUUCGGUUCUCAAGUAGAGGAAGGGGAGAGUUUGUUUCACUGCUAUAUAAUUAUUAUUAUUAUACACACAUUUAACGAAUAUAUAUAUAUACUCAAAUAUUUAACGGAUAUAUAUAUAUCUCUUGCUUAUCUAUAUAUAUAUAUAUCUAUCUAUAUAUAUAUAUAUAUAAGCGGAGUUUCGGGCCAGAAGCAGUCACCGUGUAUCACCAUAGAGGAAUUAGGAGAGCUCUGGGCUCACUGCGAAGCCCGCAGAUGGGGAAUGGCGAAAGCAUCGAGACUACUCGGCCGGAGUUACGGGCAUCCUUGCCCAUCCGGCUACCCAUGCCCGACCCCACGGAGCUCGAACGGAGGUUUACCAAAGUUCUGGCUUCGAUGGAUCUACCUCCUGACAAAGCCAAAGUACUCAAAGGUUACGACGAUGAGAAAAAAUGGGACCUUAUCUGUGAUCAGGAACGAGUCCAUGCUAAAGAUCCCCCUAAUGUCUACCUUAACAAACUCCGAACUUACUUGGAUCCACGUGCCAGUCGGAAUCACAGAGUUCGAACACUAUAUCCAAUAGUUUACCUGGAUCUUCCAGGUAUGUGCAUCUGGUUACUGGUCAGUAGACUGUUGAUGGGAUUGCUGCUGUUCUGCUUCUGGGUUACAACCCAGCUUCUUGUUGUUCGCGUAAACUUCAACAUUCUGAAAAGGAAAAUGCUCGGUGAUGCAACAUCUACCCAGGUUCUUAGAGAUUUAGAAAUAUCUCUUCGGACAAACCACAUAGAGUGGGUUAGAGAAUUCCUUAAUGAUGAAAACCAAGGUUUGGAUGUUCUUGUCGAUUACCUCUCAUUUUCACAAGUGGUCAUGAGACGGGAACAAUUAUUAAACAGAGAAAAAAGUGCAAGCUUAGAUUCUGGUUUAUCUAGGAGUCCCAUCAGAAGGAUGAGAAGGUCCAACACAGUGGGGUCCCCUAGGGGUUUGAAGUACAACACCAAAUUAAACAUGGGAGAACCCAGAGAUGAUGUCCAUGUGUGUAUUAUGUGUCUUCGGGCGAUCAUGAAUCAUCAGUAUGGUUUCAACUUAGUAAUUGCUCAUAAACAUGCCAUCAACUGCAUAGCACUUAGUCUUAAUCAUAGAAGUUUACGAACCAAAGCUUUAGUAUUAGAAUUACUUGCUGCUGUAUGUCUAGUCAGUGGAGGGCAUGAAAUAAUUCUUUCAGCAUUUGACAAUUUUAAAGAGGUUUGUAAUGAACGGCAUCGUUUUGAUACGUUGAUGGAGUACUUUAGAAAUUAUGAAGAAUUUCAUAUAGACUUCAUGGUUGCUUGUAUGCAGUUUGUGAAUAUAGUCGUACAUUCUGUCGACAACAUGAACUUCAGGGUCCAUUUACAGCAUGAGUUCACUCAAAUAGGAAUGGAUGACUAUUUAGAGAGAUUGAAAAACACAGAAAGUGAUAGGUUGGCUGUGCAGGUUCACGCCUACUUGGACAAUAUGAUUGAUGUAGCUCAACUGCUGGAGGAUUCAGAAACGAAAACAGAUGCUUUGGAGAAAGUAGCUGAACUUGAAGAAGAGUUGUCUCAUAUGCAUGAAAGAUUACAAGAAGUUGAAGAAGAGGCCAUGGCCAAAACAGUUGAGUUGGAGAAGCAGUUAUCUGAAGCAAAUGAAGACUUGCAAGAAAUCAGGGAACUUGCUCGUAUCCAAGAACAUGAAAUGAAUACCUUACGAAAAGUAGUGAAUGAAAAAGAUGAGGAAUCAAGGAAACGGCAAAGUCUUUUGGAUGCUAAACUUCAAGAACUAGAACUGAUUAAACAAAAUCUCGAAGGAUCAUACAAUAUUCAUGGCUCUCCAGGCCAUAUAAGGCGUGUCCUUUCGGCUGACUGGGCUCAGGCCCGGGAACUUCAACAUAGUACUCCUCUAUGUACUUGCAAAUAUAGCCGUGGUGAUGCACCCGAUGUUUUGCCAACAGCAACUCAACUGGAGAAACUUGGCCCACCACCAGCGGCACCACCACCUCCUCCGCCUCCUCCACCCCCACCGCCACCACCUCCCCCACCUCCAAUAUCAAGUAUACCACCACCUCCCAGAAUGUUAGGCGCACCUCCCCCACCCCCUCCCCCUCCGCAAACCGAACAUGGUACAGGUGCGAUGACCAUUAAAAAGAAAGUGCAGUCUAAAUAUCGACUACCACUGUUGAAUUGGACCCCUCUCAAACCUCAGCAAGUGAAAGGGACCAUCUUCUCAGAUCUUGACGAUGAAAAGUUGAUGACUGUGAUAGAUUUUCAUGAAUUUGAGGAGCUCUUUCGUCUGGGGCCUGCCGGCCCAAUUAGCCGGGAUCCUACUGUUGGGACUCCUAAAUUACUUAAAAAGUUAAAGAAACCUGAAAACAUAAGCCUCCUUGAGCCAAAUAGAUUACGAAAUGUUGCAAUCACAAGAAGGAAGAUAGAAAUGACAAAUGACGAAAUUGUUAGAGCAAUUAUUAUGUUAGACUUACAAAGACUUAGCUUGGAUAUGGUUGAUAUUUUGUUAACCAUUUUGCCAAAUGAAUCAGAAUUUAAAGCUUACAAAGAAUUUGAAAGAAACAAAUCCAAUAUUGCUGUAUUAACAGAUGAAGAUAAAUUUAUGUUGCAACUUUGCAAAGUCGAGCGUCUAUCCCAGAAGUUACAGAUCAUGAGUUUUGUGGGUAACUACCACGAUAACAUUCACCAUUUGCAGCCACAACUAAAUGCAUUGAUUGCUGCUUCUAUGUCCAUAAGAAACUCUCAGAAGGUCAAGAAGAUGCUGGAGAUUAUUUUAGCAUUUGGUAACUACAUGAAUAGCGCGCGGAGAGGUCCAGCAUACGGAUUUAAAUUGCAAAGUCUUGACAUGUUGUUAGACACAAAGUCCAGUGAUAAGAAAAUCAACCUCAUGCAUUUCUUAGUUCAUACAGUUCAAGAGAAAUUCCUUGACAUUAUAAACUUUGAAGCUGAGUUGAGAUUUAUUGAAAAGGCUGCUCUUGUGUCAUUAGAAAACAUCAUGACAGAUGUUCAUGAGCUUGAGAAAGGAAUGGAAAUAUCUAAGAAAGAAUACCAGACCCGGAAGGAGCGAGAUGCUCCAAUUGUAUUGAGAGAUUUCUUGGGAAGUUCUGAAGAAAAGUUAAAAAAACUUAUAACUGAUGUCAAAACAGCAAAGGAUGCCUAUCAUCGGGUUGUGGAAUACUUUGGUGAAAACCCCAGGAUGGUUUCACCAACAACAUUUUUUUCCCAGUUUGUGCGGUUUGUGAAUGCGUUUAAGCAAGCAGUGAUUGACAACGAACGACGGAAAAAGUUAGAAUUUGCUGCUGUUGAUGAUGUCUUACCACCAACUCUGCAAAAGAAGAAGGAAAAGCGAUUAAAAACAGAGGCAGCUGCUGCAGAAGGAACUAAAACGAGGACCAGACAAAUCAAAGAGAAAAAACUUUUAAACAAAGACGAAGUGUAUCAUGGCGCUCUGGAAGAUAUUCUUUUAGACCUGAAGAAUGAACCUUACAGACGAGCGGAUGCUUAUCGACGGAGUCAGAGGCGCCGUGUGGAGGGCCUUAUGCCAUCUGGAAGAAGUGAUGCAUGCUGAUCAGUAAAUAAUUUGUAGUCAUUAUCACCACUACCACAGUAACAAUAAUGCCGGGAGGAGGAGAGGGGACGCCGAUGAUGAUGAUGAUGACAAUGAUGAUGCCUGAGGCAUUUAGUUUGUUUUUUUUGUUGUUGUUGUCUUCAUCGUCACAACUUUUUUUAUUUUAAUUUGAACCAUCAUCACCAAAUUCAUAUUUCUGUGUUUAAACUCGUUAAGGCAAACUCAUUAGUCGUCUUGAUGAGACACUCAUAUAUGUACAUACACACACCGACAUAUAUGCACAUACAUAGAUGUGUGUGUGUGUGUAUAUAUAUAUAUAU